CACGCGGGUUGCGGAUUGGGCAGUUACCUAUCUGUACAGCUUGAUGCCUCUGUAAGCAAUCCAGCGUGUACAAGACAGACUACUGCUGUUCGGCUGAUUGGCUGUUGUCUCGCUGAGAGAGAAGUCUGAGAGCCCAGGGGCUUUAUCUCUGCCUCUGCUUCUUGCUCCCCCUGCCUGUCCUUGGUUUGCUGUAGGGACACUGAUGGUUGCUACAUGCCAACAAUAUUGAUGAAUCUAAUUGGCGGUCUUAUUUUUGUGUGUGUUAACAAUUAAGGCAGUGCGCACAGAGACGGAGUGAGCCUUAUGUUUCUCUGCCUCUCUAAUUCUAUGCGUUCAACCUCAAGCACUCAUAUUUGUAUUCUGUGCUCCUGCACUCGAUUGUCUAAAUAUUUGGAUACAAGAAGACAAAAGAUUUUAUUUUGUUACUGAAAGCUGCCUUUUGCCGACACAGUAACUCACAGUGGCGGAUGCAGAAUAACGUGCAUGACUCUGGCGACAGCUCAGAGGAUGAAUUCUUCGAUGCACGAGAGGAGGUGGCGGAAGGUAAAAAUGCUCUUCUGCUAGGAAUGAGCACAUGGAACUCGAAUGAUUUGGUGGAACAGAUUGAGACAAUAGGAAAGUUGGAUGAUCACCAAGGUGAUAUGUACAGUGACAAUAUCAUUAGACAAGGAUGUCGCACACAAGGAAGUAUAGAAGGACAGGAGGACAUGGAGGAAAAGUGCAAGAUUCGUGUCCUUAUCUUAAUACUUCACGGAGGGAAUAUUCUGGACACUGGAGGAGGAGACCAAAGCUCCAAGGCAGCUGACGUUAAUACUUUUCAGUCAGUUCUUGAAAAGGUUACCAUGGCUCAUUUUCCAGCAGCUCUAGGGCAUUUUCUCAUCAAACUUGUUCCCUGCCCUCCCAUCUGCUCUGAGGCUUUUUCGCUGGUUUCUAACUUAAAUCCAUACAGCUAUGAUGAAGGCUGUUUGAGUAGCAGUGCGGAUCAUAUUCCAUUGGCUGCACUGCCGCUGCUCGCAAUUUCUUCCCCACAAUAUCAGGAUGCAGUCACAACAGUGAUUAGUAGAGCAAAUCAGAUUUACAAUGAGUUCCUGAAGUCUGCGGAUGGGAUUGGAUUCAAUGGACAGGUUUGCUUGAUUGGAGACUGUGUUGGAGGUAUCCUGGGAUUUGAUGCCUUGUGUUAUAGCGCACAUCCAACAUGUGAAAGCCAGAACAGCAGCAGGAGGGGGAGUAUUGGCAGUAUACAGGAUAGCACGCUAUUAACAGAUGAUGCUGGAUCUGACUUAAGCUCCAGCAAACGACUUAGCAAAAGUAACAUAGAUGUCUCAGGGAUUGAUGCUGAAGAGCCAAGGAAACCAUUGCCAAGGAAACAGAGUGACUCUUCUACCCACAAUUGUGAUUCCAUUACACAGAAUCAUGCUUUUCUGACAAGAAGCCACUCCAGUGCAUUGAAUGAUGACCCUGAUUUACAAAGGACAAGUAGCACAAACGUAUUGGAUGGAAAUCCAGUUCGAUUUGAUUUUGAUGUUUCUGACUUCUUCCUCUUUGGUUCCCCACUGGCUUUGGUUCUGGCAAUGAGGUGGACAGUACUUCCUUCAGUAGAUGCAUCCCAGCUGCGGCCUGCUUGCAGCCAGGUAUACAGCCUCUUCCAUUCCGCCGAUCCCUCUGCCUCUCGAUUAGAACCACUGCUAGAGAAAAAAUUCCACCUCCUGCCUCCAUUCCCGGUUCCAAGGUACCAACGAUAUCCUUUGGGAGACGGGAAUUCUGCUCUUCUAGCUGACCUCUUGCAGAGACAUGCAUCUCUCUUUCUGGAAACUUCUAAUGCCCCCACAUCUCCUCACACUCUACUGACGCAAUUGCAACGAGGGAUACGGAGAGGCAGUCAAACGAGCAUUACCAGCGAAAUGUCAGGAUCUUCCGAGAGUAUCUUCGCAACCAAUAUUGCGAGCAUCACUACAAAAUGGUGGGGGACAAAGAGGAUAGACUAUGCACUGUAUUGUCCUGAUACAUUAACAGCUUUCCCAACUGUGGCUCUACCACACUUGUUCCACGCAAGCUACUGGGAAUCAACUGAUGUGUUGGCAUUUGUUCUACGGCAGGUAAUGAGGUAUGAAAGUGUGAAUAUAAAGGAGCACGACAGCAAGGAUUCAUCCACGUGCAAUGAAUCAAGUCCACGGGAGAAAUGGCUUCGCAGACGAACACACGUGAAGCUUAGGAAUGUGACGGCCAACCACCGAGCCAACGAUGUUAUCACAGCAGAAGGUAGCCCUCAGAUAUUGAUGGGAAGAUUCAUGUAUGGUCCUCUAGACAUGGUCACCCUGACUGGAGAAAAGGUUGACAUUCUCCUUAUGACGCAGCCACCCUCAGGGAGGUGGGUGUACUUUGACACUGAGAUCACCAGUAACAGUGGCAGAAUCCUAUACACCAUUCCAGAUGGAAAGAAGCUCAGUGUUGGUGUUUAUCCAGUGAAGAUGGUUGUAAGAGGUGACCAGACUUAUGCAGAGAGCUACCUUACAGUGUUGCCAAAGGGGAUGGAAUGUGUUGUCUUCAGCAUCGAUGGUUCUUUUGCUGCUAGUGUCUCUAUCAUGGGCAGUGACCCGAAGGUCAGAGCAGGAGCUGUGGAUGUGGUCAGACAUUGGCAGGAGCUGGGCUAUCUCAUCAUUUAUAUUACUGGACGGCCAGACAUGCAGAAGCAGCGGGUGGUAUCCUGGCUGGGUCAGCAUAACUUUCCACAGGGCAUGAUCUUCUUCUCUGAAGGCCUGGUCCACGAUCCCCUACGACAAAAAACAAUCUUCUUACGCAAUCUCGUGCAAGAGUCUCAUAUUAAGAUCUCUGCUGCCUAUGGCUCAAUGAAAGACAUUUCAGUUUACAACGUCUUAGGAUUGCCAGCACCUCAAAUCUACAUUGUUGGACGACCAUCAAAAAAAUAUCAGAACCAGUGUCAGUUUCUCUCUGAAGGUUAUGCUGCUCACCUGGCCCAGCUCGAGUACAGUCAUCGCUCCCGCCCAAAGAAGAGCAACUCGCGAAUGAUUUUACGGAAGGGGAGCUUCGGCCUCUCUGCUCAACCUGACUUCCUUCGGAAAAGAAACCACUUGCGCAGGACUAUGUCAGUGCAGCAGCCUGACCCGCCAUCCUGCAACCCCAAACCCGAGCGAGCCCAGAGCCAACCAGAAUCAUACAAGGAGGAGAGACACCCCCACAGCAUAGCCUGGGCCCGGAGUGGAGGCUCCAAAUCAGAGCCAGGCGUUUGAGCAGUGUACCAUGGGCAACAGAGAGUUCCAGGCUUUGUCCAGGGUCUGAAGGGGGGCCAAGAAAAGCUGCUUGUGCAUAAUGGUCCUCAUUCUUGUUCCAGAAGAUAUUGGGCUGGAAUUUCUUCUUUUGUCCAGUCAAUGGCAGGAGUGGGUUGGGCAGCAUUUCCACCUGUACAAAUGACCAGGCGUUGACCACCGCAAAUCUUCAUUUAACUAAAAGAGCCGAGGUCCCCAAGGAUUUGGAAGGUUGCCAAUGUAGGGGGAGAAACUUUGCCCUCCAGGAGGGUAUGUUGGGGAAUUCGCAGGUAGACAUCAUGAGGAGCAUGUCUGUAGUUUCCCAAUGUACACUCCCGGUGGGUGUGUUUCCUCACUGCGAGCAUGCAUUCAUAACAUCAGUUAAAUAUUUUUACCAGUGAUCGUGGCCUUUAGGUAGUUAUUGAGUCAGACCUCAGUCACACCUGUAGCACAGGUGAAUUACUAGUCCUUCCAGCAUGUUAAAGAUGACUGUAAUUCUCUGUUGCCAAUGAGGUACUCCGGGAUCAUUUAUACUUGUUCUGUGUAUCAAGCUUAGAGAAAGAUUAACACAAUGUAAUAUUGGCAGAACCUCUGGACAAGAACUGAAUAUUUAUCACUUUUCCCAAAAGCACUUUGGGUCUUUGCUUUUCAGAACUGUAGAAGAAACCUUGAAGCCAGAUGCCCAGUUUGAACCGCAAGUGUUGGCAAGACAGGCAACCACUGUCUUUUCUUUAAGAUUUGUUGCUAAGAAUUGGAUUGGUUAAGAUCAGGUGGACUUCACAGCACUUUGUUUCACUCACUCGCUUAAAUGGAAAAGCUUCUCCGAGCUCCAAGAUCAAAGUGUCGAACAAAAACGGUUCAAGCCACUUUGACAAGGCAUAAGGUUGACUGAACAAUCAUGUGUAACCCAGUCUCCCUGUAUAACCUGUGGUGAUACAGCGCAUGGGCCCCAGCACUAUUUGUACAACGGAAAGGACUCAGCUACCCAACCAGGUGACGGAGAUGAUGUAAAACACUCUUGUCGAACUAGAUUUGCUUUGAUUAACUUGUUACGGACAUGAUCAAACUAAAUCAUUUUCUUUAAUCCUGCUAAUUUGUAAUAAUUUAGUCAGAUAUGUAUUUAUUUGUGCAGGAGGCAAACUUCCACUUUGCAGCCAAGUUUGAUUUUUUAAAAAAAAUGUAUUCUCUUAAGCCUGUUUUGCCAAAAAAACUAAAUCCUUGUUGUUUUGGUGAGUUAAUGUUUCUUAUGAAAUGUCCUUGAUAAAGAAAAGGACUCACAUUCAAGAUGCUAACUGCUCAGUACCCUUCUGCGUGUUUUGUUUUACUCCUGUUCUAUAUUUUCAAAAUUGACAGGUUUUUAUUUGGUUCCCUUUCAGUAUUUUUAUCUUUGUGAGAAAAGCAUUCACCAUUUUGCAAAUAAAGAAAAUACCUGAGCAAGUUAUUCAUCAAAACUUACAGAGCCAAAAUGGCACUUAGUUAGAUAUUUUUUUAAAAAUUCAAAUAAUUCAGAAUGAUGUAAAUAGUGUGGGGCUGGGGUUCUUAUGAAUGAAAGAAAUAUUAAAAAUCAAGUGUAAGUGGUUGGGCUUUUUGUUGUUGAAUGUAGUCAUUAUGUGGUCCUCAUGUGGGACAGAUAUUACCAGCCACUUGUUAGUCCAAAUCUGAAUGUUGCUGUUGUCUAAGGUGGCAUUAUGCAUGAGUUGUCAACAGGGCUGAACACUGGAAUCAGCAGAAAAUACUCUCAUUUCUGACCUAAUAGCAAAGUUAAUUUGCUUGUUGGAGAAGCUGAAGCUGACUAGGCAAUGGAAACUGUCCUGAGGAACUCCUGCAGCUGUCCUGGGGCUCUUGUGAAAGGCUUUGACAAUUAUGAUCACCUUCCUGUGUGAUGGAAAUGAUCGUUAGAAGGACAAUCCCAGCACCUUAUUGUUGCACCCAGGCAGACACUGCUUUGAAAUCGAAGCCCAACUUCUCAAAGCUACCAUUUGCGUGCCACCUUUGCAUCUGUUUCUGAAUGAAGGCUCUGAUAAGGUGUCAAGCUGAAAGAUCCUGGUGGACCCUGCACUGAGUAUUGAUGAGUAGGUGCUGUUUGAUGACUUAUUUCAUCACUUUAUUGAAGAUGAUAGCUGUUGUAAUUGAUUGGCUUAGAAUUAGUCAGUUAGAGUUCUAUCGGGGAUCUCACAAUCCCAUGCUGAAACUUUGCUAAACCUAGAGAAUUUAUGUACAUAGCUUUUGAUGCCAUUCCUAUGGUCUUCUUAUACAAAACUUUUCACUGUAUUUGUAACAAUUACAUGUAGCAAAUACAUGUGACAAUCAAUCAAUCUAUUAAUCACAACCCCAGUAGUUCGACCCUAGCAUUUUUCUGCCAUCAAGAUCUAUCUGGACAACUUUCUGCAACACUGGGUAGUUGCCAUUGGUAGAAGCUAUUCAAAUAGUUGGACUGAGGAAGGAACAUUUGGUGUGAUGCUAUCAGUAUUACAAAUAAGAUGCUAUUAGGGCCACACUUAGUCUUCGUUAUGUCCAAUUCUCUCAACCAGUUCAUAAUGUCAGGCAAAGUGAGCAUAAAUAGCAAGACAGUGGCAACUAUCAUUUUGGAGACCUGGGAAAAGGUUGUCCUUGUGACAUUUUUAGCUGAAGAGAAUUUUGUCUUGAUCCUUGAGUUUAAAUUGUGGGGCUCCAUCAUGGUUAAAAAUUCAUAUAGCCUCCUACUUCAGUUAGUUAUCUGUGCUCUAUUCUGCACUGCUGGUGGAUUAGAAGGCUUCAUUCCCAGCCUUUAAAUGUGAAAUUGUGUCAUUCUUUUGGUGACCUUCUACUUCUGGUGUUCACAAUAUGUGUAUUGUAUUUUAAGUGUUUGAUGCUGCUCCUGCCACACUCUUCCGCACUCCCGGUUGGACCAGAGUAAGUUUCCUAGCAAGAUGCUGGUGGAGAAGUACAGUAUAGGUUAUGAGAUUGCAGAUUUUGUUUGUACAAACCUUCUUACUCCUGAUAUCACACAAUGCCUCACAGAUGCUUUCCUUAGACUGCCAGUUCUGAAUGAUGGAGGGAGUCCUCAGUGAGAAGACUUGGUCAGUCUUAAAGGCUAUGCAGUGAGAAUUCCUACAAUGCUGGAUAAGUGUAUUUAUGACAAGUAUGUUGGUGAAGAAGGUUAGAAACUAAUCUGACUGCGAGAUUUCAUUCCUUUCAAUCAAAGUUGUUCAGUAUUGAUGCCAACAUAUGGUAUCUGCCUUCAUUAAUCACUUAUGCUAUGCUGUCCCUCCUUCCCAUCAUAAUCUUUCUCAUUCUCAUAGCAUCAAUAUUGAGGUUGAAGGUUUGAACAGUAUUGUUGUCCAUUACUGAUCUGGCAGAACCACCUCAAACAAAAGUGCCUUUUUCCCUCUCUCAAGUCAUCUCAUCCCACUUCACUGAAACUGUCUUCAAAGUUGAUACUGGAUCCCUCAAAAGACAACUAUUUUUCCUCAAUCUCCUUUUGUUUUGCUCUUUCCAGCUUUGCCCCCAAAUCUGAGAUGCCCAUUUUGUUACGAUUGAGGACAAGCGAUCUGUUGCUGUGGGCUCUUUCUAUUUCUGGUGUCCUAGCCUUGAUGCUUUAGUCACAUAUCAAACUGCAGCUUCUUUCUCAGUCUCUGCUGCAUUUAUUUGUUGAUAAAUAUUUUCUUCCUACUUCAGUAAAUACCUGACAAAAAAAAACAACAUUGUAUUUCCUGAGGCUUGUUGAUCUAGAUCCCUUUGUACAUCAGUCCUCUUCAACCCUGGCCUUCCCACUUCCCUCAAAGCCCGCCCUUUAUCCCUUCAUCCUCUCCAGAUUUACAAAGUCCCGUUCUCUUCUCAAGAUUCUUGAAUGCAUAAUUAUUACUGGGCUACUCUUGAAUUUCUUGUUCAAAUACUUUAGUCUACUCAAUCCACAGCACCAAAUCGAUGUCCAAAAUCAUUAACUGCAUAGGAUAUGUAUCAAGGGUGAACUUUCUUUCCUUGAUCUGUACCUGGCCAAUUUGAAAUGGUUGAUUGCUGCUUGAUACUGACAGACCCAUAUUUCCCAGCAAAGUCAGGAUAUUUCUGGUGGUGAGUUUUCUUCCCACAGCUGCAUUAAUGCCUUUGAUCAGUUGAGCAUCCUUCCUUGAUCCCUCUUUUCCAUGUUGUGACCUUGUGCAUAAAUACAAAAUCAGCCUUCAGUUAUAUGCUUCUGACGUUACUUCAAUUCCAGGACCAGUGCUAUGCUAUGGUUUUUCUUAAUAGAUGUGCUGGAAUGUUUCCUACUCAAAUGGCAAGAUUGAAACCAUUCCAAUCAUCUCUCAUCAAAAAGUCAUAAUCCUAACACACACCUUCCCAGCUUCAUCAGCCUUCAGAGUGAGGAUUCAGACUACGUUUCAGAUCCUAACAUCCCAUCUAUCAUUAAGUCCCUUCACUGCUACCACUGCAAUGUAUCUAACUCCACCUGAACCUCACCUCCACUCCCGCUGAAAUUAUUAUGGCCUCAAAACGUGCAUACCCUUCACACCCUUAAAAACAUUAUUUCUAAAAGGACACCAGUGUCAAGAUUGAUUCUAAAACUGCUGCAUUACAAAUUCAUUCCUACUGUUUUGGUCCUACUGAAAUUAGUAUUAUAAAGUAGCCAGACAAACCAAAAUUAUUGAUUUCUACUGUCCAUACACAAUGAUGUUUAUGAAUUCUACCACCUGCAUCCUGUCCCACUUACCUUGCUUGUUUUCAAUCAUAUCCAUUGCUCCACUGUCAAUACAUUGGAUCCUGACACUUUCCAUGGUCCUUCAUCUACUUUCCUGCAGACCUAUAUCCCCAACUAUGGUGUUCUAUCUCCCGAAAUUAGCUUCUUGCACAUUCUGCCUUCCUUUGUCCUUCAUUGGACCACACCAUCUAUGCCUCGGUCCCAACCUUAGCACUGCUGCCUCACAGCACCAGGCACCCAGGUUCGAUUGUACCGUCUGUGUGGAAUUUGCACAUUCUCCCA